CCGAACAAUUAGUUGUAAUGUUACAGAUUUUACUAGAGAAGCCACAAUGGGAAAUAGUGUGUGGAUUUGGACAAGUCACUUUAUCCUUUGGGAGCUUCCAUUUUUCUCUUCUGUGAAAUAAAACUUCACAGCAUUGACUGAAUUAAAUGAACUGAACCAUGCAAAAGCCCCAGCCCAGUCCCUGGGCACAGUCAGUGCUCAUUUGCUGCUAUGCUUAUCCUAACCAAGACUGAAAGUAAUGAGGCAACAGCAGGGGUAUAUUCCUAGGACCUGCCCCAAAGUUAGUUCCUCCUAUUGGAAGGGUUGGAAGCUGAACGUGGCUGGGAACUACAAGUUGGGUUGGGGAAGCUUCUGUGGAUUUAGUUCCUUGAGACCUUUUCCUGUUCUAAAUCUUCAGGGCUUGCCAUUGAAGAUUGUUGAGUCCAUUUGCCAGCACCCUUUCUGAGUACUGGCUAAUGUUUGCCUCGUGGAAAGCCGAUUCCUUGGGGCUCCCCAGGGCAGAGGAUAUUGAACACAGAAAAGUGUAAUGCUGUUGAUCUCAGAGAACCUCUUGAUGCUCAAAAAGAGAAAGCAAUAUGCAAGGCAUAUCUGGCAAACAGGAAACGUCUGUAGUGUAAAAUGAUUUAUUUCUAAAACCUGUGACGUCACCUCUCUGGAGCUCUGCUCUUCUGUUUGCUUUAUACCGGGGAAAUCCAAUGGGAAGAGUCCUCCUGACCCUCUAUCGGGCUGGGCUGGGAAGGCUGCCUGGUGCACCCUCCUCUACCAGCUUAUGUUGGGUCCAGCAGGCCUUCCCUGGGCUCUGUGGGCCAAAAGCAAAAGGGCAGUCAUUUCUCAAAAUUGCCUGGGAAAUGAUUAACUGGUUUCCUUUGAUCCCUUCUGCCUUGUGCCAGGACAGUCAAGUGGCCCGGGGUGGAGAACACACUCUAUUCUUUCCAACAUUACUAAGGUCUGAAUUUCCUGCUGCUAUUCACAAAGAUGCUUUUUAUCUUUAAUUUUUUAUUUUCUCCACUGCCAACCCCUGCACUGAUCUGCCUCCUGACGUUCGGAGCUGCUAUCUUCCUGUGGCUGAUCAACAGACCCCAGCCAGUCUUACCUGUCAUUGACUUGGAUAAUCAGUCUGUGGGAAUCGAGGGAGGAGCACACAAAUGUAGUUACCAGAACGACAAUGAGCUGAUGCGCUAUUACUUCCCAGAUGCCAAGACGGUGUAUGAAAUUUUCCAAAGAGGACUCGCUGUGUCUGACAAUGGACCCUGCUUGGGAUACAGAAAACCAAACCAGCCCUAUAAGUGGCUAUCCUACAAACAGGUAUCUGAUCGAGCAGAGUACCUGGGCUCCUGUCUCCUGCACAAAGGAUAUAAGCCAGCACCAGACCAGUUUGUUGGCAUCUUUGCUCAGAAUAGGCCAGAGUGGGUCAUCUCCGAAUUGGCUUGUUACACAUACUCCAUGGUUGCAGUCCCCCUGUAUGAUACCUUAGGAGCAGAAGCCAUCAUAUACAUUGUCAACAAGGCUAAUAUCCCCACAGUCAUCUGUGACACACCGGAAAAAGCCUCAGUCCUAGUAGGGAAUGUGGAGAAGGGCCUCAUCCCAGGCCUGAAGAUGAUCAUCCUCAUGGACCCCUUUGAGGACGAGCUGAAGAAGAGAGGAGAGCAGUGUGGAGUCGAGCUCCUCUCCCUGUUUGAUGCUGAGAAUCUAGGCAAAGAAAACUUCAGAAAACCAGUGCCUCCCAACCCAGAAGACCUAAGCAUCAUCUGCUUUACCAGUGGAACCACAGGUGACCCCAAAGGAGCGAUGAUAACCCAUGAAAACAUUGCUUCAAAUGCUGCUGCUUUUCUCAGAUGUCUGGAGCAUAUUUUCCAGCCCACACCAGAGGAUGUGACCAUAUCCUAUCUGCCUUUGGCUCAUAUGUUUGAGAGGGUUGUACAGGCUGUCCUUUACUCCUGUGGAGCCAGAGUUGGGUUCUUCCAAGGAGAUAUCCGGUUGCUGCCUGAUGACAUGAAGACACUGAGGCCUACAGUGUUUCCCACAGUGCCUCGACUCCUUAACAGGAUCUAUGAUAAGGUUCAAAAUGAAGCCAAGACCCCCCUGAAGAAGUUCCUGCUGAACCUAGCUGUUUCCAGUAAAUUCAAUGAAGUGAAAAAUGGUAUCAUCCGGCGUGACAGUAUAUGGGACAAAUUAAUCUUUUCAAAGAUCCAGGACAACCUGGGUGGGAGGGUUCGUGUCCUGAUUACUGGAGCUGCCCCCAUCUCCUCUUCGGUCUUGACAUUCCUCCGGGCGGCAAUGGGAUGUCCGGUGUUUGAAGCUUAUGGUCAAACAGAAUGCACAGCUGGCUGUACAAUCACAUCACCUGGGGACUGGACAUCAGGUCACGUUGGUGUCCCUGUGGCUUGCAAUUAUGUGAAGCUGGAAGAUGUUCCAGACAUGAACUACUUCUCAGCAAACAAUGAAGGAGAGAUCUGCAUCAAGGGCACUAAUGUGUUCCAAGGAUACCUAAAGGACCCUGAGAAGACACAGGAAACCCUGGACAAGGAAGGCUGGCUUCACACUGGAGACAUUGGUCGCUGGCUUCCAAAUGGAACUCUGAAGAUCAUUGAUCGGAAAAAGAACAUUUUCAAGCUGGCACAAGGAGAAUACAUUGCUCCAGAGAAGAUAGAAAACAUCUACAUCAGGAGUAGACCAGUGUUACAAAUUUUUGUACAUGGGGACAGUUUACGGUCGUUCUUAGUAGGAGUGGUAGUUCCUGAUCCAGACGCGCUUCCCUCAUUUGCAGCCAAGCUUGGGGUUAAGGGAACUCUUGAAGAACUGUGCCAAAACCAAAUUUUAAAGGAAGCCAUUUUAGAAGAUUUGCAUAAAAAUGGGAAAGAAGGUGGACUUAAAUCCUUUGAACAGGUCAAAAACAUCUUUGUUCAUCCAGAACCGUUUUCCAUUGAAAAUGGCCUCCUGACACCAACGCUGAAAGCAAAACGAGUAGAGCUCUCCAAAUACUUUCGGACCCAAAUUGACAGCCUCUAUGAGAGUAUCAAGGAGUAGAUGAAGUUGGCUGCUGAGCUGGAAGCUGUGGGGGAAGGAGUUGAAACUAUGUCCAGCAAGCUUUACCAGGAAAUGAAGCAAGCACUGAAUAAAAAUCUCCUGGCACUGGGAACAAAGCUCUAUGAGUGAAUGUGACGCCCAUAUGACAGGCUUAUCUUCUGUGAAGGAAUCAACUGAUCUUUCCCCUGGACUCCAGUUCCUGCUGUACCUUACCCCAAGAUAGCAUUUCUUACCCCUACCUGUAAAUGUACUCUUUAAAAUAAACUAUUGCAGAUACAUAGA